AUGACAACUAUAAAAACACAAGGCUCUUCCCGACUCUUUUUGAAAAUGAUCAAUUCACAAAACCCUGCUGUUCAACGCCUUGAAUCUGUUACAAAUCAUAUCAACAUGGUAUCCGCAUCAAAUCAACGUCCUGUGAUCUCAUUUAUUGGUGGUGGUAAUAUGGCUGAAGCCAUUCUUGGAGGUCUUCAUUCAAGUGGCCACCCUGGUUCCCGUUUGCGUUAUUCAGAGCCUUUGGAUACAAGAAGACAAUACAUGCAAUCCAAGUAUCCCGAACUUGUUAGCUCAGAGACCAAUGAGGCGGCUGUAGAUGGUGCUGAUGUGGUGGUUCUCGCUGUAAAACCUCAAGUACUGCGAUCCGUAGUAACAAGCUUGGCACCUUCUUUGCUUCGUAAUCCAUCCGUGCUCAUCAUUUCUGUGGCUGCUGGUAUCAACACCGAUGACAUUGCCACUUGGCUUAACGCUAGCUCAGAUACUGUAUCUAUCGUCCGCUGUAUGCCAAAUACCCCAGCUCUCAUUGGCGAAGGUGCCAUGGGCUUAUUUGCUAAUGCAUCCGUCACUCAAGAACAACGAAGCAUUACCGAAUCCAUUAUGCAAUCCAUUGCCAAACAAGUAUCAUGGGUACAAAAGGAGGCUCUUAUUGAAAGUGUUACUGGUAUCAGUGGUAGUGGACCAGCCUACUUUUUCCUUAUCAUGGAAGCAAUGCAAAAUGCUGGCGUUGCAGCGGGACUGACGCUAGAAGAUGCCAAGGCACUCACUCUCCAAACAUGUGUUGGUGCUGCACGCAUGGCCCAAGAAUCCGAAGAUGAUUUGGCAACGUUACGUCGAAAGGUCACCUCCCCACGCGGUACCACUGAAGCUGCAAUCAAGUCUUUAGAAGGCAACAACAUCCGAGAAAUCAUGAAGGAAGCAGUUUUUGCUGCUGAACGUCGUGGCCAUCAAUUGGCUGAAGAGAUGCGUCAAUAA